AUGAAUGGCAGUAACACCGAGUCCCGCUCACUCUACCACUUCCGCGGGAGCGCUCCGGCAUCCUUCCGCACGUCACUCAUUUUUAUUCCAUCCAAGUUUGCCAAUGUUGCAACCAUGCUACUCGUUCCAUCUGUGAAGUGUUCGCCUGCAACACAGGGCAUUGGCCUACUUAGUUCUCAGAUCCUGAAGCGAUUUUCAUCCUCAAAACGAUGGCAAGCCCGUCAGCUCAAGGACCGUUUCACAAGGGAAGCAGCAGUGCAGGGCCUGAAAAGCCGCGCGGCUUUCAAGCUCCUUCAAAUAGACGAGAAAUACCACAUAUUUGAGAGCGGACAAACGGUUGUUGAUUUAGUAGCAGUAGCUAGAACGCAACCACACGGCCGCGUCCUCGGCGUUGACAUUAUCCCGGCCCAGCCUCCUAAAGGAGUAUCUACGAUUCAAGGCAACUUCCUCGACCCGAAUAUCCAGGCCUAUGUUCGAGAAUUCGUGCGCGACGCCAAUAGGGGUAGGCCAUACCCUCCAAGUACGAUCUUGGAUGCCGAUUACGAUGACACGCAGCUCAAAUCGGGGGAGAACGCGAGCUCUGAUAAGCAAACAGAUCCCAAGCAAUGGGAUUGCAAAUACUCGGUAGAUGUUGUUCUAAGCGAUAUGUCCGCUCCCUGGUUCCAAACGACAGGGUUUGGGAAAAGAAGUCUAAGUGAUCCGUAUAACAGGAUGAUGAAUACAAGCGGCAUUAGUUUCAAAGACCAUGCAGGUAGUAUGGAUCUUUGCCACGCAGCUUUGCAGUUCAGCCAAGAAGUUCUCCGCACGGGAGGGCAUUUAGUCUGCAAAUUCUACCAAGGAGCCGAAGAUAAGGCCCUAGAGGAACAGCUCAGGGAACUAUUUCGGAAAGUCCAUCGCCUUAAACCGGAAUCGUCGCGCAAUGUAAGCAUUCACUCGCCUCGUCAAACACAGCAAUAG